AUGAUGUUUGCCCUCUUCAAGGAUUGCUCAGGUGUCAAAUGCUAUCUCGAUGACAUUAUCGUUUUCGGAGUGUAUGAGCAAGACCACUUGGAGCAUCUUUAUCGUGUCCUUCAGCUGAUCUCUGAUGCAGGACUCAAACUGAACGACAAAUGUGUUUUCGGAGUGCGAGAACUGACUUUUGUUGGACAUACAGUCAGACCGAACGGCAUUUCUCCUAACCUUGCAAAUCUUCAGGCGAUACAAGAUGCUGCUACCCCGGACUAUAAGACACUCUCUUCGUUUCUGGCAAUGAUGGGUUACUACGCCGAGUUCAUAAAGAAUUACGCAGAUGAAGUAGAACCACGACAAAAGCUUCUAUACGGGGAGAUGCACCGUUUCUCUGGACCGAGGAGAGUCUCCACGGAUGCGUCUGCAUACAGCCUUCGAGCUGUACUUCAACAGCAGCAUGGCUCGUACCUGAAGACUGUAGCUUUCGCAUCGAGAACAUUAUCAGCCGCUGAGCGACGCUACUUCGUUGGCGAAAGGGAAGCACUCGCCUGUGUCUGGGCCGUGGAGUACUGGCACGUUUACCUCUGGGGUCGCCGUUUCACACAACAGACCGAUCAUCAAACGCUUCAAGUACUCCUGAGCAGGCAAGAGUCCCUUCAAGAUGAAGAAGAGAUCAUCUGCUGGAUCGACAGCACUGGUUCCGGCAUUCCGUCGAGGCAAGAACUCCAAGCUGAGCUUUAUGCCGACCCGCUGCUAGCGCAGAUCCUCAAGUUCAUUCAACAAGGAUGGCCAAGCAGGAAUACAAUGAGCCAGAAUUUCUCUGCAUUCGGGCAAGUCAAAGACGAGCUGUCUGAAGUGGCCGGUCUGCUGCUUAGUACAGUUACGUCGGCUACAGUAAUCUCCUUCCUGCGCACACUGUUCAGUCGAGAAGGAUACCCCACAGAGAUUGUAUCUGAUCACGGGCCGCAAUUUACUUCAUCGGACUUUCAGGAGUUUCUCAACGACCGGAGUAUUAAGCACACUUACUCGUCUAUUUAUCACCCUCAAUCAAAUGAUCUGAUUGAACGCUUUAACCGUGUCCUGAAAAGUUUCAUCCAAGUGGCCUUCCUCGAAAAGCGAAGCCUCGAAGCUGCACUUACUGACUACUUGGGUGUGUACCAUGCAACACCCCACACUACAACUGGAUACUCACCGGCAGUUCUCUUACAUGGAUGUGCUCUACGAACUAGACUGAACGUCGUCGGUCUGCCAAUUCCAGACUUUCAUGUAGAUCCAGUUGUGGCUCUGCAGAAUCUACGGGAGAAAAUACUCAAGAAGCAGUUGGCGACCAAAAAGUAUGUCGACAACAAACGCGCCGCUCACGUAGCUACUCUCAAAGUUGGGGACUUCGUCCGCGUAAAACAGCCAACACACGUCAGGAAGGGUGGCAGAUUAUUCUCCACACCAAGGAUGAUUGUUGCAAGCCAAGGAAGCAGUUCUUUCUUGCUGGAUGAUGGCAAGAUCUGGAACGCAAGUAGACUCUACAAAGUAUCUGAAGAAGCGUCUCACAAGUAUCGCAAGAAUGUCCACCAUCAGGAUGAAGUUCACUGGUCGUUGAUCGACCCUCCACAGUUAUCUAUGUUGCCUGUGAGCACCGAUCGUAAAGCAUCUACCGUCGACCCUCCACUUGAGCCUGUUACUUCAACCUCGACGCAGGAGCCGCAAGCAAAAUGGCAAGAACCUUUACGCAGGGGUAGCCGUGAAAAACGACCACCACAACGGUUGCGAUAA